ACUUUGACUUCUGAAUGUCUUCUGACUUCGCAUUUAUAAAUACUGAUUUUCCAGCUGUUUGACUUGGAAUGGAGAUGAUGGUUUUUGAUGAAAUUGAUGCAAACAAAGAUGGUUGUUGUCUAGUUCGUCACAAGGACACUGUGUACAAGGUGAAGGUCACCUUUGGUCAGGAAAUCAGGAAGUGUGACUCUGUAGCAGUCCGUUUAGAACUUGAGCAGGUAUUCCGUGCUGUACUUCAUCUGUCUGAGAGUGAUAAACAGAUUCCACCCAUAUUUACUCAACAUUUAAUGGUCAAACCUCUGAAAAAAUACUGGGCUAUUUGUGAUAAAAUUGGGUUCCAACAGAAUGGCCAAGAUUUGGAGACAUCCACUUAUUUCUUUCAGUUUUAUGUAAGCGAACGCCCAGUUUGGAAACAUACCAAGAAUCAAUUGCUCUAUGGAAAGAAAAUCAUCUCCACAAGGGAAUCACAGUGUUCUAGGGUAAGGAGUGGUACCGUUAGAAGAUCCUCAGAUGACAAUGUGGACAGUGUAAGAAACCAUGGAGACAAAGGUCAGCAGACAUCAAGAAAGGUCAAUACAGAUACAGGUUGGACAAGAGAAAAAACAACUGAUGUUAAUGUAAGGAACGAGACCAGAUUACUCGACAGGGAGACUGAAGUUGGAGGAAACAAUGACAGGCAGGCAGAGAGUAGACAGUCAAAAAGUACGGAACAGGACAAGCACCAGGCACCUGAUGGGCUGGCGUACAGUAAGAAAUCCAACAGGGGUACGUCCCAUAGAAUGGAACCUGGUAAUGAAGAGAUAGAAUGCAGAGAAUCAGAGACAGAAAUAAGAACAGACAUUGAUGGUGGGGAACAAAAAAAUAAGGACACAACAGGUAAGGACACAACAGGUAAACUGAAGAAUGUGGCGAUGUCAAGUGACAGUGAAAGUGAAUAUCAAGAAAAUGCAAGAUGUUUAAGAAGGUCUGCAAGGGUAUGUAAUAAAAAUAAUAAUACUGAAGACUCAAGAAAACACAUUGGAAAAUCUGCUGUAACUGAGCUAUCUCAAUCUGGUGUCACUGAUUUAGAUAUCACAGGAGAGAUGAAAUCUGUUCCAAGAAAUCAGGAUGGCUGGAAGAAAAAAAGGAAAUCUACCACUGCUAAUGUUGAUGAUAUUAUUGGAUUUAGUUAUAAAGUAAAUAGAUUCCGUGCUAAAAUAUCACGGAAAGACAACCAGUCAGCAAAGAAAAGGUGUCAUGUGUUAUAUAGAAGUGGUGGUCGUGGUCACUCACCACUGAUGGAACUGCCAGGUGUAUCAGAUGGGACAGCAAAAACAACCAGCAUUGGAAAAACAUCAUUAUCACAUAGGACAGCAGAAAUGGCUAUCAAUGGAAAAACAACACCUUCACAUGGGACAGUAGAAACUGCCAACAAUGGAAAAACAACACCUUCACAUAGGACAGCAAAAACCUCCAACAAUGGAAGAACAUCACCUCCACGUAGGACAGUAGAAACUGCCAACAAUGGAAAGGCAUCACCUUCACGUAUGACAACAGAAUCUGCCAACAAUGGAAAGACAACACCUUCACGUAGGACAGUAGAAACUGCCAACAAUGGAAAGACAACACCUUCAUGUAGGACAGUAGAAACUGCCAACAAUGGAAAGACAUCACCUUCACAAAGGACAGCAAAAACCUCCAACAAUGGAAAGACAUCACCUUCACAUAGGACAGCAAAAACCUCCAACAAUGGAAAGACAACACCUUCACGUAGGACAGCAGAAACUGCAAACAAUGGAAAGACAACACCUUCACGUAGGACAGUAGAAACUGCCAACAAUGGAAAGGCAUCACCUCCACGUAGGACAGUAGAAACUGCCAACAAUAGAAAGGCAUCACCUCGACGACGGACAGCAGAAACUGCAAACAAUGGAAAGACAACACCUCCACGUAGGACAGCAGAAACGUCCAACAAUGGCAAGACAUCACCUCGACGAAGGACAACAGAAACUACAAACAAUGGAAACAGAUCUAGAUCAUCCAAUAUUGACAAUUUGGUUAAAAAUCAAACGCACAGUUCAACAAAAGCUCAUGAGGACUUGACAUCUCUGAUCAUCGAAAGCCCAAUCAAUGGGAACAUUGAUGAAAGGCCUCAUGACUUAACUGAAGAUGUAGACAAGAACCUCCAGUCUUUGUAUGCACAGAGACAUAACUUGAGGAAUGGAUCAAAGAACAGAACUAAAUCUCAGUCCAAUGCUCAAAAAAGUCCCACAGGAUCAUUAGUGAAAGCCUCUCAGAAAGGUCUUACAAGGUCACAGAAACCUCACACAAGGUCAACAGAAUCGCCCAAAUGCCGAAAGUCUGCUUCACUAGCUAAAGAUGUAAAGAUUGUUACAAGAUCUGUGACAUCAUCCAAUGGUCACAGAGGUUUUGUGAGGUCAGGGACUCCAUCCAUAAAUCAGAGAGGUCAAUUGAGGUCAGCACUUCCAACCAAACGUCACAGAGGUCAAAUGAGGUCAGCAACGCCAUCCGUAGGAUAUGGAGGUCGACUGAGGUCAGCAACUCAAACCAAAAGGCACAGAGGUCCAUUGAUGUCAGCAACUCCAACCAAAGGGCGCAGAGGUAGAAUGAGGUCAGCAACACCAUCCAUUGGUCAUGGAGGUCAUAGGUCGGCAACAUUCCUGAAAAGUAAUGGAUGUCGGAUGAGCUCACCAUCUGAAGAAUCUGAGAGAUUACUGAGGAUGCGCCAACCUAUUCAGCAUGGUAUCCAGGUGGCUGACGUGGACCGCUAUUUGGUUGAACAGGAAGAGUUACAGGAAAUGUCAAAAUUACAGAAAAUGGCUUCUACACAUGAUCAGCAAAGUUACUACACUCGGAAACGGAAGCAAUCAGGACUAUGGAACUAUGUGGAUGCACUCAUUAUUACUCCAGCUAAAAAAAUAUUUAAAAGGAGCUGAGAUUCUCAUUGUACUCUAAUUUACAGUCACACCAGCCAAAGCAUUGUUUGAAGCACCAGAUAAUUUCAGUAUACUGGUCACAUUCUUCAGUUCUUAUUGUGAAAUAUGUUGUAUUCUAAGCAUAUUUUACUUGUCCAGCUAUCAUUUUCAUAGUUAAGGAAAAAUUUACAUUUUAUCACAGUACACAUGUAUUUCAGAUUUUAGGAUUUCCUUUUCGUUGUUUCUUUGCUGUUGUUUCAUAUAUAAAAUGUUUGAGAAUCAAGAUGUUGAGAAGACAUGAUGGACAAUGUUCAAAGAUACAGGCUUUACUGAUAUACAUGUUUAUGUACUGAUGUAUCCGUUCAUAAUUUAAAAUGCUGUAAAAUUUUUACUUCAUUCGAUAUUAAGUUAUAACAUUUAUUGUUCAAAGGAUAUUUAUAU